UAAUAACCGGGGUUCUGGAAAAAAUAAAAAGAUCUAUAUCUUCUCCAAAACACAUACGGCAACGAGAAGGGUGAGGCACAAGAAAGAUUGAUUGCGAGUGUGGGAGUUAGAAAUUUUAUCAUUUCAAAGAAAUUGAAUCAGCCGCCGCCUCCUCCUCCCCUGCAGAAGAAGAAUGGCGUUGAAAUUCUUGAACAAGAAGGGAUGGCACACAGGCAGCCUUCGGAACAUCGAGAACGUCUGGAAGGCGGAGCAGAAGCGCGACGCCGAAGACAAGAAGUUGGACGAGCUCCGCAAACAGAUCGUCGAGGAGCGCGAGCGUUCCGAGUUCCGCCUUCUCCAGGUGCAAGCCGGCCUCGUCCCAAAGCAAGAGCGAUUAGAGUUCUUAUACGAUUCCGGAUUGUCCGUUGGGCGCCCUGGCGGCUCCGAUGCUUUUAACUUACCCAAGCCCGAAGACCCGCCUUCCUCCUCUACGUCCGCCCCCGCCAAGGAGCAGCAGCCAACCGCGCCGGGAGCUCUCUUUGAAGAAAAGCCCCAAUCUGCCAACGACGCUUGGAGGAAGCUCCACUCGGAUCCUUUGCUUAUGAUCCGGCAGCGCGAGCAGGAAGCCCUUUCUCGUAUUAAAAACAAUCCUGUCCAGAUGGCCAUGAUUCGCAAAUCUGUAGAUGCAAAGAAGCCCUCGGAGCAAGAAGAUGACAAGAAGGAACCUCGUAAGAAGCGCCAUCACACAUCCAAGCACCGCAAGCACUCAUCAUCCAAACAAGCAUCCAAUUCAGAAAAUGACACUGUUGAAGUGGAAAGGAGGAAGAGUAGUCAUCGCAAGAUAUCAAAGUAUGCUAAUAAUUCAGAUUCCGAAGAUGGAUCACGUAAAAUAGCACGUAGAAGUGAGAAUCAUGCAAAGCAUUCAGAUUCAGAAGAUGAAUCACAUGACAAAGGACGUCGGAAUGAGAAGAACCCUGUUAGGCAUUCAGAUUCCGCAGAUGAAUCACGUGACAGAGCAUGGCGAAGUGAGAAGAACCAUGUUAAACAUUUAGAUGCAAAAGACGAAUCACAUUACAGAGCAGGUCGAAGUGAGAAGAACCCAGUUAGGCGUUCAGAUUUUGAACAUGAAUCACGUUACAGAGCACAUCGAAGUGAGAAGAAGCGUGUUAAUCAUUCAGAUUCCGAAGAUGAAUCACUUUACAAAACACGUCAAAGUGAGAAGAACCAUGUUAAGAAUUCAGAUUCUGAAGAUGAAUCGGGUAGAAGAGCUCGUCGAAGUGAGAAGAACCAUGUUAAGCAUUCAGAUUUUGAAGAUGUGUCACGUGACAGAGCACAUAGGGGUGAGAAGAAUCACUCCAUAAAAGUUGCCAGAGAGGAUGGGCAAGGGGUUGUCAAGGGGAAAAUUGACAGUUCGGACGUAGAAAAAUAUUCCGUGAAAGGUCGGAAUGAACCACAUUAUAAGCGUAGGAAUGGUGCUCCUAAACUUUCAGAAGAAGAGCGAGCUGCUAGGCUAAAGGAGAUGCAAAUGGAUGCUGAGUUGCAUGAAGAGCAAAGAUGGAAACGACUGAAAAAGGCUGCGGAGAAUGAUGCCCAGGAAGCCACACGGGCUGGCAACUCCGGUGGUAGGAAUUUCUUGGAUGCUGUGCAAACUAGUGUUUAUGGUGCCGAGAAGGGUGGAAGCUCAACAAUUGAGGAGAGUGUACGUCGCCGAACACAUUAUUUGCAAGGCAGGCCUGAAGCAAGUGAGCGCAAUGCUUUUCGACGCUAAUGAUGUUGUGUUUUGUUGUUCAUCCAUUUCCGUCGAUCCAGGAAUUCUUCACUUUUCUCGAUUGGUUCUGUGUACGUUUCAUGUACUAAUAGUUAAAUCCUUUCCUGUGUAAUGUUAUUUGUUGAAGCUGCAUGAACAUUUGUUACCUGAAACAAAUUACCUUCUAUGUCUAUUUAUUUUUUCUGUUACUUAAAA